AUGGCGGCUAGCGCACCACGUUUUCUUAAACCGCCAGCCAUUCGGCAGAUCCCGGAUGAUUCUACACGUCUCUUCCUCGAAUGUCAAGUACAAGGUACACCUAAGCCGGAUAUCAAAUGGUUUCAGAAUGAUAAAGAACUCUCAAGUGCAUCCACAAAAUUCAAACAAACGAUUAAACUUUCGACGGGCAGCACAUACGACGUUACACUUGAGAUCAGCGAAGUAGCUGCCACCGAUACGGGCAUCUACAAGAUUGUCGUUAAAAAUAAAGCUGGUGAAAUUACUGCAAAUGUCACAUUGAACUUGGCAACUGACGAUGCCGUUGAGUCAACAGCUGAUGGAAAUAACUCAACGGAAGGUUCAGCACCAGUUUUCAUCCAAAAACCAAUUAUUAAACAGGAGAAUGAUGGAACACGUUUAAUAUUCGAAUGUAAAAUCUCUGCCGAACCUAAGCCAGAUAUAUUCUGGUCACGUGACGAUGUCUCAGUCGAAAACUCUGGCCGUUUUUUAAUCUACUGUGACGCUCUACCAAAUAAUUCAUAUUUAGCAUGUCUGGAAAUCGAUGAUGUGAAUACAUCCGACGGUGGCAAAUAUAAAGUAACAGCCAAGAACAGCUUAGGAGAAAGUAAUGCUAAUAUUACUCUCAAUCUCGACCAGCAAGAUCAAGGUGCGAGUGGCGGUCGUCCGACAUUUAGUCAGGCGCCGCGAGUUCGUAUGCUUGAAGAAUCUGCACUUUUGGAAUGUCGAUGUACGGCUGACCCAGUGCCGAGUUUCACAUGGACAUUAGAUGACAAACCGCUUACUAUGGGAACAAAAUAUAAACAGGGCAUAUUGACUGAAGGAAAUACGCAUACGAUCUUUCUGGAAGUUACUCAAUUAACAAAGAAGGAUUCAGGACUUUACAAAGCAACAGCAAAGAAUGUCAAAGGCGAUGGAUCUGCGAAUAUUGAAUUGAAUAUUGGGGAAAUGAAUUUCAAACUACCAGAUGGCCUUGCACCAUCGUUUAUUGGCAAGCCGACAAUAAAACAAGCUACUAAAACUGCUACGAUACAAAUCGAUAUUAUGGCUGAUCCUAAUCCAUCAUUGUAUUGGACAAAAGAUGGAAAAGAAUUAUCGAAUGUUGAUAAAGUUGUUACACGUAUAGAACCAAAAGGAGGAAAUAAAUAUACCAUUCUUCUUGAUGUUAAAAAUUUGGCUACAUCCGAUAGUGGAGUGUAUAAAUGUAGUCUAUCCAAUGAAGUUGGCACAGCUAUUGCUAACAUUGGUCUCAAAGUUGCUGGAGAUAAAGCCAGUUUGGAUCAAGUAGAUCGUCUUGGUCCGGCAUUUGAAAAACCGAAAAUUACCAAAGAUGCGAAACAAAAAUCGAUCAAGAUUGAAUGUCGUUGCAAAGGAAAACCGGAGCCGAAAAUUACAUGGAAAAAGGACAAAACUGAAAUAAAAGAUAAACUAAAUAAAUAUAAGAUUAGUAAAACAAAAGGAACAGAUGAUACGUAUGUGUUCAUUCUGGAAAUUCUUAACGCUGCACCAGCGGAUGGCGGUGUCUAUAAAAUUUUGGCGAAAAAUGAUGCCGGGGAUUCACAAGCAUUAGUUAAUUUGACUAUUGAUGCUGAACAAGAACCACCGAAAGAUGAAGAUUCUAAGAAGAAGCCUCAAGAGAAAAAAGCUGCUAUACCGACCAUAGCAGCGCCUGUAGACGAUGCUUCAGGUGCGGCUGCAGAUGAAACACCUAAAUCACAAACUGAAGAACCUGUGUACGAAGACGCUGGUCCACGUCGAGUUAAACAAGAUGCUCAAUUACUUCCCGAUAAACCAACUAGCGACGAUGGAAGCGAUUCACGGCGUUCUAGUACCAACGAACGACGACCCUCGCUUCGUCCUGUCGAUCUGGAUAAUUCUCUGAAAGUUAAACGAAAUUCGAAAACACAGCGACCAUCUAUGUCAGAAGUGAUACCUGGCUGGCCAUCACUCAACAAAGUCAAGCGACCAGAAAAGGAAAAAGAAUCAUUUGUCGAACCAUUAACUGACAUUCAUUGCAAAGAAGAAGAUGGGGAGAUAACCUUUCAUUGUACAUUCUGCAAACCCAGUACGCGUAUACGAUGGUUGAAAAAUAAGGUCGAAAUUUUCCACGGGUUGAAAUAUCAUUUUGACUCAAGCGGGGCAAAACAAAAACUCACUAUUUAUAAAUUACAUCCUGAUGAUUCAGGGAAAUAUUUUUGUCGUGUUAACGAAACUGAAACAUCCGCAUGGCUUGAAGUUACACCUGCUAAGCCAUCGUACGAUUUCUACAAAGAACUACCUCCGAAAAUGGAAGUUUUUCGCACGAAACAAACGGUGCUCGAAUGCCAUGUCAACGAUGCAAGUGCACCUGUAAAAUGGUUUAAAAAUGGCGUACCGAUAGAUACUGAACAAGAUAAGCGUAUGAAAAUUCAUCAGGAUAUGACACGAUGUAUUCUUCGCAUUCUUAAAACAACAAAAACUGAUGAAGGUGAAUAUACUUGUCAAAUCGAUGAUGAACAAGGUAUCAAAACUUCUGGUUAUCUCUAUGUGGAAGAACCACAAUGGCGUUUUGAAACGAAACUACCUACGAUGUUAGAAGUUGAUGAGAAUGAUCGAGUUGAACUUGAAUGUAGUGUCCAAGAUGAAGAUGCUGAAUGCGAUUGGUUCUACGAGGGUGAAAAAAUCGAUUUGGAUUCACAUCCAGGAAAAUACGAAAUCAUUUCUACUGGCAAGAUACGUAAACUGAUUAUCAAUAAUGCAAGUCCUGUUACUGAUAAAGGCAAAUAUGAAUGCAAGACUGGUGUCAUGACGACAUCAUGUAAUUUAACAGCUCGCGCUGCACUCCGUAUUGACCAAGGCUUGAAGGAUAUUGACACAAUCGAAGGUGAAGAAAUAGCACUGGAAGUGUCAUUAUCCAAAGUUGAUAGUCGAGGCAAAUGGUAUCGCGAUGGAAAAGUUAUUUUACCAGAUCAAAAUACGGUUGUUCUUAGUGAAGGCCAUCAAUAUCGAUUGAAAUUGCGAAAUAUUGCGUUGAAAGAUGCAGGAGAAAUAACAUUUCAAUGUGGUGAUUUGACGGAUAGUUGCAAAAUAACGGUUAGAGAAGCUGAGAAACCACCCCGAAUCGAUGCAAGUCGCUAUUCGAAAUCAGUUACUCUCAAAGCAGGUCGACCGCUUGAUCUUGAUAUUCCUUUCGAUGCUUAUCCGCCACCGACCAUGACGUGGACAAAAGAUGGAAAAGUCAUUGAACCUGGCUCGGAAACGCCUUGUCAAAUGUCUAUAGAUGCCAAACGAUGCAAAUUAAAUAUUCCUAAGACAAAACGUGAUGAUACAGGCAAAUAUGAAUUAACACUAAAAAAUGCAAAAGGCGAAGUCAAAAUUCCCAUUGAUGUCACUGUUCUUGAUCGUCCUACUGUACCCGAAGGUCCGAUCAAAGUCAGUGACGUUACUAAAGAUGGCUGCCUUCUUUCCUGGAAACCUCCGCUGGAUAACGGUGGAAAUCCAAUUCAACGAUACAUUGUCGAAAAACAAGAUACUGGCCGUGGUGGUUGGUCACCAGCUGGCGAAGUCAAUGGCGAUAGCACUUCAUUACGUGUGACCAGAUUAGCAGCAGGCAAAGAAUAUUCAUUUCGAGUACGUGCUGUCAAUAAGGAAGGCGAAAGUGACGCAUUGGAAACAACUGAAACAACACUAGCAAAAAAUCCGUUUGAUGAACCAAGCGCACCUGGUAAACCAGAUAUUACUGAUUGGGAUAAAGAUCAUGUCGAUUUGGAAUGGGAAGCACCGAAAAGAGACGGUGGUGCACCCAUCGAAAAAUAUAUUGUUGAACGUAGAGAAAAAGGACGCGAUCAAUGGCAAAAGGCAGCAGAAAUCGACGGUGAUAAAACGAAAGGCACUUGUGGUGGUUUAUCUGAAGGCAAAGAAUAUGAAUUCCGUGUUAUUGCCGUUAAUAAAGGUGGCCCAUCUGAACCUAGUGAACCAUCUAAAGCUAUCAUCGCUAAGCCACGUUUCUUAAAACCACGUAUCAAUAAGAUUAAUCUGAAAUCUGUUACAGUAAAACAAGGUCAACCUGUAACAUUAGAUGCUCCAUAUGUCGCUGAACCAUUGCCAUCCAUGACUUGGCAACGUGAUACGAAAGAACUCAUCGCUGAUGAUCGUAUACAAAUGACACAAACAGAUAAAUUGGCUCAACUAGUCGUUAAUAAAUCAGUUCGAUCGGAUACGGGCCGAUAUCUCAUACGUCUAGUUAACAGUUCAGGCGAAGAUACAGCAGAAUGUGACGUUAUUGUUCUUGGUCCUCCGUCGAAACCACGGGGACCAUUGGCAGUCAAAGAUGUGACGAAAUCAACUGUGACACUUUCAUGGUCGCCUCCAGAAGAUACAGGAGGAAAAGAUAUUACGAACUACGUUGUCGAAAAGCGAGAUAAGAAAAGCGGUGAUUGGGUACGCUGUAAUGAUCCAAUUAAUGGUACUCAAGUGACUGUAUCAAAAUUAAAAGAAGGACAUGAAUAUGAGUUUCGUGUUAUGGCAGAAAAUGUAAAUGGUCUUUCAGAACCAUUAGUCACAGAUAAAGCCACUUUGGUGAAAAAUCCAUUCAACGAGCCUGGUCCACCGGGUCGACCUGAAUGUGUUACACGUGAUCGUGAACAUAUUGAAAUCAAAUGGAAUCCACCUCGAAACGACGGCGGUAAUCCGGUCAAAGGUUAUAUCGUCGAACGACGAGAGAAAGGAGCGAAAAAGCGAGACUGGACGAAAAUAUCUCGCGAUGAUCUUCAUAAAGGCACGAAUUUUGUUGAUAACAAUGUUACAGCUAAUAAAGAAUAUGAAUAUCGUGUAUCAGCCGUUAAUGAGGCAGGCCCAGGCGAGCCGAGUGAUCCAUCGGAAAUUCUUGCUGCCAGACCAGAAAAAGAAAAGCCAACAUUUGAUCUUAGUGGAUUGAAUGGUGGACUUGGUAAGAAAGAAAUUCGUAUCAGAGCGGGCGAACCGUUAACAAUUGAUCUACCUAUCAAUGGAUCACCUGCUCCUACCGUAACAUGGACAAAAGAUGGCGAACCUGUUCAAGCAGCUCGAGAUAUUCAGUUAGAAAGCGAUGACGUUCAUGCGAAAUUACAUAAACCAGCAUCGAAACGUUCGGAUACAGGACAAUAUAAAGUUCAAUUGAAAAAUGAUUCUGGCGAAGAUGAAUGUGACAUCGAUGUUAUUGUAUUAGACAAACCAGGAAAGCCUGAAGGACCAUUGGAAACAACAGAGACAACCAAAGACUCGGUUUCUCUUCAGUGGAAACCACCGAAGGACAAUGGUGGUGCUGAAAUUACCGGUUAUGUAAUUGAAAAAUGUCCAGAGAACUCGGAUCGAUGGGAGAAAGUUCCUGGUGUAUUUGUACAACCAAAGGGAACAAUUAAAGAUUUAGAGACAAACAAAAAAUACAAAUUUCGUGUUAAAGCUGAAAAUAUCUAUGGUACUGGUGAGCCAUUAGAAACAACAUCAUUGAUAACGGUUAAACCACCAUAUGAUCCACCUGAUGCACCAGAAACACCUGAAAUCACCGAAUAUAAUUCAACAUAUAUGAAACUCAAAUGGGAUAAACCAAAAAACGACGGUGGCAAUCCAAUAUCAGGUUAUAAUGUUGAAAUGCGUGAAAAGGGUAGUAACAAUUGGGUACCAUGCAAUACACUUCCAACAAAAGGAACAGAAUACACUGCAUCGGGUUUACGCGAAGGUCAAACGUAUGAAUUCCGAGUUGCCGCUGUGAAUGGUGCUGGACCAGGAGCACCUUCAAAACCCACCAGAGGACAAAAAGCUGAAGUACCAAUGUUUGUCGCUGAUGCACCAGAUCAGCCGAAGAUCGAUAAAAUAACAAAGGAUUCGGUUUCACUUUCAUGGAAAAAGCCAGCAAACGAUGGUGGAAGUAAAAUUACUGGAUACAUCAUUGAAAAACGAACACCAGAUAGUCGUGAUUGGGCUGAGGCUGUUCAGGUACCAGCUCGAGAAACAUCCUAUACUGUACCUCAUCUGGCAGAAGGUAGUGAAGUGGCAUUUCGUGUCCGCGCUGUCAAUGCCGUUGGUCCUAGUGAUCCUAGUCGAUCGACUGAUACAAUUACUGUUCAAGAUCAACCUGAAAAGCCAUCUUUUCUCGAUUUACAUGGUAUCAAAGAUAUCACAGUUAAAGCCGGCAAAGAUUUCGAAGUACAUAUUCCGUACAAAGCAACACCUAAAGCACAAGCUCAAUGGUUAAUUGAAGAAAAAGACUUAGUUGAAGACAGUCGUGUGAAUGUGAAGACAACGGACAAUGUUGUUACUUUAUUAAAUCGCAAAGCUGAACGAGGUGAUGCAGGCUUGUAUAAAUUGACUCUCAAAAAUAGUGAAGGUGCUAGUCAAGUUCAAUUUCGAGUCAAUGUUCUUUCUCCACCAACCAAGCCCGAAGGUCCUUUGGAGGCAAGCAAUGUGACUGCAGAAGGAUGCACUCUCAACUGGAAACCACCUAAAGAUGAUGGCGGUAGUCCUUUGAAACAUUAUGUGGUUGAAAAACGUGUAGCAGGAACCGAUAAAUGGACAAAAGUCGGUCCGCCUAUUUCGGGUACUACAUGUGAUGUCAAAGGUUUGGAAGACGGAAAAAACUAUGAAUUCCGAGUUACUGCCGAAAAUGAUAAUGGUCUAUCGGAACCUUUAGCGGUUGAUGCGCCGAUUAAAGCCAAAUGGCCAUUUAAACCACCUGAUGCACCGAGUACACCGGAAUGUAUCGCUCAUACAAGCGAUUCGAUAACAUUACAAUGGGCACGCCCACAAAACGAUGGUGGAAAUCCUGUUCGAGGCUAUCUCAUUGAAAAGAGAGAAAAGGGAACUGAUCGAUGGAUUCCUGUCAAUCGCGAACCAGUUCCAGUUGUCGAGUAUAUGGUGCCGAAUCUAAGUAAUGGCAAAGAAUAUGAAUUUCGCGUAGCAGCUGUGAAUAAAGCCGGACCAGGAGACUAUGCGCAAACGAAUGGUGCUAUUCAAGCUCGUCCACCUGAUGUAGCUCCACAUGCUGUCGGUUUUAGUAAUUAUGGUCCAAAGGAAAUUAUUGUUCGUGCUGGUGAAGAUCUAAAGAUCCCUAUACCGUUUGUUGGUUCGCCCGAACCGCAAGUAACAUUUUCUAAAGGUGGCGAUGAAAUAAAACCAGAUGGAAACACUGCAAUCACGGUAAAAGAUGGCGUUGCCGAACUGUUCGUACCUAAAGUGAAGGGCAGCGAUAGUGGUUUAUAUUCGUGCACAUUAAAAAAUAAUCUUGGACAAGACACAGCACAAGCGAAAGUUAUUGUUGUCGAUAAACCAGAUACGCCCGAAGGACCAUUGGCUAUUAGCGAAAUUAAACCGGAUUCAUGUGUUCUUACAUGGAAACCGCCGAAGAAUGAUGGCGGUUCGCCCAUAAGUAAUUACAUUAUCGAAAAAUUCGAUACGAAGAAAGGCGAAUGGCAAAAAGUGUCAAGCUUUUGUCGAACGCCAUACUAUGAAGUCACGGGACUGAACGAAGGUUCGGAAUACAAAUUCCGCGUAUCAGCUGAAAACAUUUAUGGACAGAGUCAACCACUGGAAAGCGACAAACCGAUUAUUGCAAAACACCCAUUUAAUGCGCCUCAAGCUCCACAUAAUUUCGAAAUUGGUAAUCAAACAGAAAACUCUGUUCGAUUGAAAUGGGAUAACCCGAAGAGUGAUGGCGGAUCAAAAAUAACUGCUUAUCAAGUAGAAAUGCGAAGCCCAGAUAGUGACACAUGGGAAGUUGCCAAUGAUUAUCCCAUUAAAAGCAAUGACUUCACUGUUGAGAAAUUGCAAAUGGCAAAACCAUAUGAAUUUCGUGUUAAAGCAAAAAAUGCUGCCGGAUGGGGAGAUUAUGCCACUCUCGAUCGCCCAGUGACACUUAAACCUGACUUUGUACCACCCUCGUCUCCCGGCAUGCCAGAAGUGAAGAAAGUCGGUAAAAAUUAUGUUGAAUUAGCGUGGCCACCACCUACCAAUGAUGGUGGUGCAAAAGUAUUAGGAUACAUUAUUGAAAAGAAACCUGUUGGCAGCGAUCAGUGGACAAAAGCAGUACCGUACAAUGUAAUUGACAACGAUGUGAUGAUUACUGAUUUACCAGAAAAUGGAGAAUUUGAAUUUCGUGUCAAAGCAGUAAACAGAGCUGGAGAAAGUGAACCAAGCUCUACAACUGGUCGCGUUAAAAUAACUGAAUUUCCAAAUGGUCGAGCACCAACAUUUGUGAAGAAAGUAACCGAUGCCAGUGCGCCAAUCAAUGGCGAAGCAACAUUCAUUGUGGAAUACGAUGGAAGCCCAGCGCCGGAAGUCAAAUGGUAUCGCAAUGGUUUGGAAUUAUCAUCAUCUGGACGUUAUCGUAUUAAUACGAAAACAGAUGAAUUAAAGUCUACAUUAACAUUCACAGAAGCAUGGGAAACCGAUAAUAAUUCAAAGAUUACUUGUGAAAUUAUUAAUCCACUGGGAAAAGAUUCCUGUGAAGCAGUUUUUCAUGUUAAAACACCGCCCAAACUUCAACGAGAACCAGAAGAACAACGAAUUCAUUUGGGCGAGACUUUAAAAGUUAAAAUUCCAAUCAGUGGCAAAGGUCCUUUCUCAUUUAAAGUUAAGAAGAAUGAUCAACCCUUAGAGGAUGAUGAUCGAGUUCGUAUUCAAGAACAUGACGAUUGCAUUAUCGUUACUAUUCCUGAUGCCGAACGAGACGAUGCUGGCAAAUAUGCUAUCAGUGUGGCCAAUGACUCAGGUUCAUGUAGUGUACCACUCAAAGUUAAAGUUAUUGCUCCACCACUACCUCCGACUGGUCCACUUGAUAUAUCAAAUAUCUCGAAAGAUCAUGCAACUCUCUCAUGGAAACCACCAAAAGACGACGGUGGCAGUAAAGUAGCUGGUUAUGUGGUUGAAAAGCGUGAUACAUCUCGAGGACCGGAUGCGUGGAUACCUGUAAUUCAAAAUUGCAAAGAUACGACAUUUACUGUGCCUUCAUUGCUUGAAGGACAUGAAUAUGAAUUUCGUGUCAUGGCCAUCAAUGAAAAUGGUACUAGUGAUCCAUUACGUUCAUCGAAACCGAUCGUUGCUCAACUUAACUUCAAACCACCUGGUUCACCAGGACAACCAGAAGUAACUGACUUAACAAACAAUACUGCUACAUUAGUUUGGGAUAAACCAAUUUCAGAUGGAGGUGGUCCCAUCACUGGUUAUUAUAUUGAAAAACGUGAACAGAAUACAGAUAAAUGGAUACCAGUAAACAUAUCUCCAUGUCAAUCAACUCGAUUCACGGUUCCAUCAUUGAUGGAAGAUCAUCUAUAUGAAUUUCGUGUCAUACCAGAAAAUGAAGCUGGUAGAGGAACACCAUCGGACCCAUCGAAAAUGACAAAGAUCAAAGACCCUAAUGCAUCUACUCCGCCGGAAUUUAUCACGAAAUUAAGAGAUGCAGAAGGUAAUGAAGGCAAAACUAUACGCUUAGAAGCUGAAGUCGUCGGUACGCCAACACCAGAUAUCGAAUGGUAUAAAGGCACUAAACAACUAUCGGAAAGUUCUAAAUACAGCAUCACUCGCGAGGGUGACAAAUGUAUCUUAAUCAUCAAUAAUGCAACGCCAGAUGAUGUUGACGAAUAUAGUAUUAAAGCACGUAAUAAAGGUGGUUCAAGAACAAGUCGCUGUAAUGUCAAUGUUCGAUCACCACCACGUCUUCGUUUACCAGCGAAAUAUCAAGAUGUUCUCGAAUAUGAUAAAGGUGAACCCAUUGUUAUCAAAAUUCCAUAUACUGGUAGUCCAUUACCCAAUGUCACACUGACUAAAGAUGGAAAAGACCUUACUAAGGAUAAAAACGUUUCGAUUGACGUUGGUAGUCGCGGUAUUACACUGACCAUCCGAAAUACAGAUAAAAAUACCAGUGGACCAUACAAAAUCAAGUUGGAUAACGAACUAGGAGAAGAUGAAGCUACUCUACGUAUUCGUGUAUCAGAUGUACCUAGCGCACCGCGCAGUCCACAAGUUGAUUCAGUUUCGGAUGAAUCAGUAACGUUGUCUUGGCAACCACCAGAAGAUACCGGUGGAAGCUUUAUAAAAAACUACGUUAUUGAAAAACUUGAUCCCGACACAGGAAAAUGGUCAAGAGCGGCAACAAGUCGAGUACCUCGUUGUACAGUAGAUAAUUUAUUGUCUAAUAAACCAUAUCAAUUUCGCAUCACUGCGGAAAAUACUCAAGGAGCAAGUGAACCUUCUGAACCAACUAAUACAGUUCAAACACAAGAUUCAAACGCAAGUAAUAGACGACGUCCAGGAAAAGAUGACGAUUCAUCUCGAAGACGAAGAAAUGAUCUUCCGCCACUCGACAAUUACGAUCGAUGCUUCUGGGAUAUUUGGGACAAAGGCCGUCAACCACAACCAGCUGCAUUAAAACAUGCGAGUAUUUACGACUAUUAUGAUAUUCUCGAAGAAGUUGGACGUGGCGCUUUUGGUGUUGUUCAUCGUUGUAUCGAAAAGGCCACGGGAAAAACUUACGCAGCUAAGUUCAUUGCGACACCCACCACAGCUGAUAAAGAAACAGUUCGUCGUGAAAUUGAUGUCAUGUCGAAAAUGAACCAUCCGAAACUACUGAAUCUACAUGAUGCAUUUGAAGAAGAUGCCGAGAUGGCUAUGGUUACAGAAUUUAUUGCUGGUGGAGAUUUAUUCGAUCGUAUCGCCGAUCCAAAUUACAAAAUGACCGAAGCAGAAGCAAUUAAAUAUAUGCGACAAAUUUGUCAAGGUCUUAAACAUAUGCAUGAAAAUAACAUUGUUCAUCUUGAUUUGAAACCGGAGAAUAUUAUGUGUGAAACCAAAAAUAGCACGAAUGUUAAAAUAUGUGACUUUGGUUUAGCUACAAAACUUGAUCCAGAUGAAGUUGUUAAAGUGAGCGCAGCAACAGUGGAAUUUGCUGCACCCGAAAUCAUCGAGCAUGAUGCUGUGGGCUUUUAUACGGAUAUGUGGGCGGCAGGUGUUCUCACUUAUGUGAUUUUGAGUGGUUUAUCGCCGUUUGGUGGUGAUAACGAAGAUCAAACAAAAGACAGCAUACGUAAAUGUGACUUACAUUUUCCGAACGAUGUCUUCGGUGGUAUAUCGGAUGAUGGCAAAGACUUUAUCAAGAAACUUUUAUUAAAAAAUCGAAACGCACGUAUGACCAUACACGAUGCACUUGAUCAUCCAUGGUUACGCGAAGAUCGUCCUGAAUUCGAUUCACGAAUUCCAUCAAGUAGAUACGAUGAUGUUCGUCGACGUAUUCGUGGUCGAUAUGCUGAUUAUCCCGAUCCAGCGAUUGGUCUUGGCCGUAUGGCUAACUGGAGUUCACUUCGAAAGAAUAAACCAGCAGAUUAUAAGAUUUAUAGCACUUCUUGGGAUCGUCGAGAAGCUGCUCCACGUUUUGUUGUUCGUCCUCGCAAUGCUCAUGUCUUAGAAGGAAAUAAUGCUGAAUUCGAUUGUCGUAUUCUUGCUGUAUCACCACCAGUUGUCUCCUGGUUCCGUGACAAUCUGGAAAUUCGUCAAUCAACAAAACAUUUGAAGAAAUACGAUCGAAAUAAUUACAAACUUGAAAUCAAACGCUGUGUCAAAGAUGAUAAAGGCGAAUAUAUCGUUCGAGCAUCGAACAGUUAUGGCGAUAAAGAUUACGCUGUCUUCUUAACUGUUGAAUGUGAGUAUCGGUCGAUUCAAUUAUUUCACAAUUAUUCGCUUAUUGUAUAA